AUGAACACCAAAGAUUUUAUAGUUUUACCAUGGGGAAAACCUGGAAAUUCAGUAAAAUUAAAACAUAAAAAUUCUCAGGAUUUGAAAAUGGAGAAAGUACAGUUAGAGUUGGAGAAUCAAGAGAUGGAAAAAACACUACUGAAAUUCCAAUCAACAAGGAGCAAAGAAAAAGAAGAAAGACAGUCAAGUGGAUAUUACUGGAAAUCUGGACAGAUGACAAAAUUGGAAAAUCAAUCACAUCUGAUAUCACAAAAUAAAGGAAAUGUGAAGCUUUCUGCUGGAAAAGUGAAAUUGAAAUUGCUGAAAGAACAGCUUCAAGAGCCAAUGAAACAACUUAGUCAUAAAGUGACAAGUACUUCUCAAAGUGAAAAAUCUUUGAUAAAAGGAAAAGAUUGUGGACAAUGUGAGAUCAAAGCUGCCCUACUAAUAUGCCUUGAAUGUGGUGAAGAUUAUUGUUCAGACUGCUUUGCUAAAAUUCACCAGAAGGGGGCACUAAAACUCCAUAGAGUAUCUCCUUUGCAGGAAAAAUCUCAAAUAUUAUUUAAUGUAAUAGAUGCUGCACAUCAGUUUAUUAAAGAAGAUAAUCGAAAUGAAUGCAAAAGGCAUCAUUUUGGUAAUGAGAUUAGUAAAAAUGAUCAUAAAGCCGAAUCUUUACUUUUGCAGGGAAUGAACUCGGAGGUAAAAGUUUCAACAGCAAUAGAUACAGGAUAUAAAAAUCCUAAAGAGAGACUUUUGUGCGAAGAGUCAUUUGAUGAAGAAGCUGCUGCUGAGUCUGUUCAGGAGUCUUUACAUCAUUGGAUAACCGUUCAGCAUGAUGAGGAUAAGAAACCAAAUUUACAAGUAACAAAACCAGAAUCACAGGAAGUAUGUGAGGUGCAAACUGAUCUUAAAAUUUGGAGAGAACCACUGGAAAUCAAGUUUAAAGAAGACAGUUUAUCCUAUAUGGAAAAAUUAUGGCUUAAGAAAUACAGAAGAACUCCACAAGAAAAACUUCAAAAUAUGAUACCGGAUACAUUCAUAACACCAUGUAAAUCUACUAGUGAGACACAAUGUUCUCAUAACGAGAAUAAUGAAAAUAGCAAUGUUGAAAGGAAGAAAAUGCAACAUCAAGCUAGUUUUCUGCCUGCAGAGGAGUUAAAAAUAGAGAGAUCUGAACCAGCUCUAAAAAUAAUUGAGCUCAAUGAUACUUCUGAAGAAGAAUUCGAAGAAACGGGAAAUAUUGUGCCUUACAAAGUUGAGUUAGCUGAUACAGACUGUCAACAAAGUUAUACAUUUCAUGAUUCUAGGAAUACGUUUCUACAUGAAAAUGACAUUCUCUUCAGACAUAUUUUCGUAAAAACAGACCUCUUACAUCUUCAUCUGAGCAGCAGAUUUUCUUAUUGCAAAGAUUACCCAAAAGUUUCUCCCAAUACAUGGCAUGGAUUUUCAUUAUUUUGUCAGCAAGAGUUUACUCGUAGAAUGCUACGUUAUCCUACAACUGUGUAUCCUGAUGUUUUUUUUUCUCCUGCCAUUAUAAAAAUAGAGAAAAAUGAGUUAUUUGAAAGAAAUAUUGAAGAUAAAUGUAUAAGUAUUAUAGAAAACCAGAGUUCUGAUGAUUCCCACAUAUUAAAUGAGAGAAAGGAUUUCUUGCAAGAUACAUCUUUAACAAAACCUUCUGUAAGAGAGAAACUACCUAAAGAUACCAAGGAAUCCUUGACCUUUAGUGAUAUAUAUGAGAGGCCAAGCUUUGAAGAGUCUAAAACUACAGAGUCACCACUGUUGUUACAAAAACUAUACCCCAGAAGUAAGUCUGUGAUUGAACAUCAAGGAGCUGAAAUAUUCAUUGACUUUGAUAAAAAUGAAAGACUCAACUUAUUUCCUUCUCAUAGCUUGGAAUACAGCUAUUCUAGUACUAGGAUUACAACUGCAGGAGACAGAAAAUGGUUCCCAGACCACAGCAUAAGUACAUAUGCUGAUAAUGCAGUUGCUUUGGAUGCUUUUCAGAGUGCCCAGAGCCCAUCAUCAAGUAGAACACAGAAGAAGAUGAGUGAGAUUAACCAGAAGGCUGCAAUACCAUAG